CGGGGGCCUGUGGGAACGGCCAUGUGGUCUUUGCGCACAUGGUGGAGCAGCGCUGGGAGUGGAGGAACUUCCAGGUAACGCUGACGAAGAGGAGGACCAUGCAGGUUUGUAAUGUUCUCAAUGAUGCUGUGAACUUACUGGAGUUCAGAGACAGGGUCAUCAAAGCUUCUUUGAACCAUGCACACUUAGUCGUCUCAACGUCCCUCCAGUGCUACGUGUUCUCUACGAAGAACUGGAAUACACCACUUAUAUUUGAUCUCAAAGAAGGAACUGUUAGUUUAAUUCUCCAGGCAGAAAGACAUUUUCUUCUGGUAGAUGGUGGUGGUAUCUAUUUGCAUUCUUAUGAAGGGCGCUUCAUUUCUUCUCCAAAAUUUCCUGGAAUGAGAACAGAUAUCCUGAAUGCACAGACUGUGUCUCUGAGUAAUGACACUAUAGCAAUCAAAGACAAGGCUGAUGAAAAAAUAAUCUUCCUCUUUGAAGCAUCAACUGGAAAACCCUUAGGGGAUGGGAAACUUCUUUCUCAUAAGAAUGAAAUCUCAGAAAUUGCUCUGGAUCAAAAAGGACUCACCAAUGACAGAAAAAUUGCUUUCAUUGAUAAAAAUAGAGACCUCUACAUCACCUCAGUGAAACGAUUUGGGAAAGAAGAACAGAUUAUUAAACUUGGAACCAUGGUGCAUACGUUGGCAUGGUGUGAUACAUGCAAUAUCCUCUGUGGACUUCAAGAUACUCGAUUCACAGUGUGGUAUUACCCUAAUACCAUUUAUGUGGACAGAGAAAUUUUGCCUAAAACAUUGUAUGAAAGAGAUGCAAGUGAAUAUAGUAAAAACCCCCAUAUAGUGAGUUUUGUUGGAAAUCAGGUGACUAUAAGGAAAGCUGAUGGCUUUCACAUCAGCAUAUCACCAUACCCUGCCAUCCUCCAUGAAUAUGUGAGCAGCUCAAAGUGGGAAGAUGCUGUAAGGCUUUGCCGCUUUGUUAAGGAGCAAAGCAUGUGGGCUUGCCUGGCGGCUAUGGUGAUUGCUAAUCGAGAUAUGAUUACUGCGGAGAUAGCCUACGCGGCAAUUGGUGAAAUUGAUAAAGUUAGAUACAUCAAUGCUAUAAAAGAUCUUCCAUCUAAGGAGUCAAAAAUGGCCCACAUACUAAUGUUUAGUGGGAACAUACAGGAGGCUGAGACAUUACUUCUCCAGGCUGGCCUCAUUUAUCAAGCAAUCCAGAUCAACAUUAAUCUCUAUAACUGGGAAAGGGCACUGGAGUUGGCUGUAAAAUACAAAACCCAUGUUGAUACAGUUCUUGCUUAUCGUCAAAAAUUUUUGGAGACAUUUGGUAAACAGGAAACUAAUAAAUGAUAUUUGCAAUAUGCAGAAGGUCUCCAAAUAGACUGGGAGAAAAUCAAAGCCAAAGUCGAGAUGGAAAUUACUAAAGAAUGUGACCGAUCGUCCAGCAGCCAGUCUGUCAAGAAUGUGGGCUUAAAGCACUGAAUGCCACACUGACCACUAAACUAGUUCAGAGUAACCAAAGAUAUGCAUGUUUUGUUUGCUUUAAAAAAAGGCAUAAUUUUAAGGCUAGUGUUGUCUCCGAAUGGUAGAGUACUUGCCUAGCAUGCAUGAGGCCUUGGGUUUGAUUCCUAGCACUGACAAAAGAAAAAGGCAUUAUCUUUAAAUAAUUGUAUGCACUUUUCAUGUACUUAAUACUAAAAGUACGUUCAGGAAGAUUAAGCACAAAAUAAUUGAUAUAAUUCCAUCAUUUAUAUUUUUCUAGUCUAACAAUUAACAAAAUAUUUCUAUAUGCUUAUCUAUGCCCGAGUAAUGUUGAUAACAUUCCAGUUUUUUUUUAUUUCUUUAUUCUUGGUUCUUUAGUAUGAAUAGCUGUUAAUGCUUAUAAUAAAGCCUUGAGUUAUUUAUAGUGUAUGUUAUUGUUAAUUUUCAUUUGAUCUGUAAAUUGUAAAGUAUCUCCCAUAGUUUGUAAAACAAAAAUACGUGAAGGUGGUUUGGGAAGUGUUACAACGUGGAUACUUGUACACCAGAGUUGAUAGUGUGUUCAGAUAACAAGAGCUAGGAACGACUCAGGUGUCCAUCCACCGGCCGUUACAUAGAGCAAUGUGGUUUUCUCAGGCAGUGGGAUUAUUCUCUUGUCAGAGGAUUGAACUGCGACACAUGCUGUAGCAUGGAUGUGCCUUGGGAAACUUACUCUCUGUGCAGUGAACAUACCACAGAAGUCAGUCCUGGGAGAUUGGGCGUACACGAGGCACCUAGGAUAUGAUAUGCAAGUUCCUCCAGGCACAAAAGAGAAGAGAGGAACAGGACCUGGGGGAGGGAAAAUUGGUGUCUUAUGUAACACGUGCAAAGUUUCUGUUUGGGGUGAGUAAGUUCUAGAAUUAGAGAACGAUGAUGGUUGCAUAACAUUGUGGACAUUAAUGAACCUCAACUGUCCUCUUGCAAAGGGUUAAAGUGAUGAAUGUUAUUUUAUUUUUUUACCAUAUUGAAAAGGAAGUAGGCAGACUCCCUUUUCUUCAUUCUUCUUCUAACUUAAGAAUGUUUAGGCGUAAGACCUAGAAUCUGAAUUUUCAAAGCUUGCCUCAGUGGGUAAACCUGUUUGACUGGCCUUGAUCUAGUACAUCCCAAAUGACUGUCCACCAAAGCUUUUUAACAGUGACACAGGCAUCGCUCUCAAGUGUCCCUGAACCUGUUCUUGGUGCGUUACAGAGCUCAUGCACACUCAUUGGGAGACAUCGCCUCUUUCCCUCCAUUAUAAUUCUCAUGUAGGAUUCUUUCAUAGAAAUUCUCCUUCUCAAUAUGUUCCUUUUCUUUUAUGAAAUGUUGGACUGUUCAAUUCUUGGUCCAGAAUUUGGAUACAAGAGUGUGUGUUCAGUUCAUGAAAUGUAAGGAAUUUACUUAUAUGUUAUACAUGUUUUCUACAUUGUUGAAUUUCAGUGUAAUGUUUAAAAAGAAAAAAAAAUGGUCAAAAGGUUAAAUUUUAUGUUUAGUAUAUUUGCCACAAUAAAAAAGU